AUGGGAAACUACCUGAAAAAACCUAGCAAAAACCUUGAAGAUCCUCUACUAGAAUCACAGGAAGAAGACGCUGAUGCAAGCUUUACUUGCGAGAUUUGCAUCGAACCCGUCUUGACAAACAAGAAAUUCAAGAACAAGAACCAUUGUGCUCAUUCCUUUUGUAAAGAAUGCAUAGCCAAAUACAUCGAACUCAAGAUCGAAGAUCACGUAGCAAGCGUUCAAUGCCCUGGAUAGAAUUGCAAACGAGUUUUAGAUCCUCUCUCUUGCAGAACGAUAAUCUCACGAAAUGUUUUUGCAAAGUGGUGCGACGUUCUCUGUGAUAAUUAUGUUCUAGGGUUUGAAAGAGGCUAUUGCCCUAAUAGGAGUUGCGGGGAGUUGGUGGUGAAUGAGUGUGGUGGGAAUGUGAAGAAAACUACAUGUCCAAAUUGUAAGAAACUGUUUUGUUUUCAGUGCACGUCGGCAUGGCAUCCGGGGUUGGGAUGUGAAGAAGGUAGAAUUAUUGGGGACCCGAAUGAUACUUUAUUUUUGCAACUGGUGAAGAGAAAAGCAUGGAUUAAGUGUCCUGGUUGUGGACACUUUGUUGAGCGCAUAAAAGGCUGUAAUUCCAUCAAAUGCAGAUGCCGGACUGAGUUUUGCUAUGAAUGUGGAAAAGCUAUAAGGGAAUGCGAAUGCCGCGGCUAUCGGCGUAAUUUUUAUUGGCUGCUCAGCUCUGUGGUUCUAAUUAUUUUACUAGCUCUUUUUCUUUAUUUCGAGCCCUUGUAA